AUGGAGAACCGAACAUCUGUCACCAAGUUCAUCCUGCUGGGCUUCCCCCUCCAGUGGGAGCUUCGGCUCCUCUCCAUCGCCAUCUUCCUGGCCAUCUACCUCAUCACAUUGCUUGGCAACAUGGUGAUCAUCGUCCUCUCCCAGCUGGAGGCUGGCCUGCGCACCCCCAUGUACUUCUUUCUCAGCAACUUCUCCCUGCUGGAGAUUUGCUACACCUUAGUCAUGGUGCCCCGGCUGCUGAAAGAUUUCCAGCAUAGCCGUUGUGCCAUCUCCUUCCGUGCCUGCAUCACCCAGAUGUACUUCUUCUUCUUCAGCUCUACAGAGUUCUUCCUCCUGGCUACCAUGGCUUACGACCAGUACCUGGCCGUCUGCCACCCGCUGCGCUACCUGGUGCUCAUGAAUGGCCAGGCCUGUGCCCGGCUGGCCCUCGCCUCCUGGGUGAGUGGCUUCCUUAUCCCCUUCCUGCCCAAAGCCUUCAUCUCACAACUGCCCUUCUGUGGCACCAACCAGAUCAACCACUUCUUCUGUGACACAGGGCCCCUGCUGAGGCUGUCAUCCGGUGAUACCCACAUGGCCAACAUCUUGAUCUUCCUGGUCUCAGCGGUGGUGGUGCUCAGCUCCUUCCUCCUGAUCUUCACCUCCUACACACUGAUUGUCUCUGCCAUUUGCCAUAUCCCAUCAGCCACAGGGAGACACAAAGCAUUCUCCACAUGUGCCAGCCACCUCACUGUCAUCACCAUCUUCUACAGCAUGGUCAUAUUCAUGUACAUUCGUCCAGGAUCUGGCUGGGCCUCCGACGUGGACAAGGUGGUGUCAGUCUUCUAUGCCAUUAUCAUCCCGCUCCUGAAUCCUGUCAUCUAUACCCUGAGGAACAGGGACUUCAGGAGAGCCCUGGGGAAGGUCCUGAGGAGAGUGAAGGCUGCCCUUACUAUCCUGAUCUGA